CCCUGAUGGAUUAGCCUGUGUCGGUUAUUGCGCGCCAUACCUAAUUUAUUUGCCGUCCCAUACUCGAUUCCUUUUUGUCCAUUUCCGCCAUAGAGCUAUUAAACAACACUUGCGCAAUUAAGUUUGUUGUGAAGAAUUUCUGUAAUGUAAAUAGUAUUUUACACUUUAUUAUAUUAUGGAAAGUGAUUUGCACAUACGUGUUAAAGUGCUUGAAUUAUUAAGUACAUCACUGAAGGCUGAACACUUUCUGGAAAUUCAACGAAUGCAUCCAGACUAUCCUUGUGUAGAUCAUGAUGAUCCUGAUAAUUUACUUUAUUUUUUGGAGAAGGAAAAGCAGUGCAUAUCCAUGAAAUGCUACAAUGGUUUGGUAGUAUUGCUGAACAAAUUAGGAUUGGAUGAAGUAGCAAAUGAAAUUAUUGCUUUUCAUGAAACUCCAGAAAAAGAAUAUUUAACUCUUAAAAGUAAGAUUGAAGCGAUUUUUAAAGACAGGAAUUGCAGAAAGGAAUAUAUGGAGAAAUUUAGAAGUGGAAUCGUUGAGUGUUAUAAUUUUGAAAAAGGUGAUAUUUUGGAAUCUACCAUGAAUGAGAUCAUUCACGAUUUGGAAAAUUCUCAACAGCUUUCUAGAAGUAUGAGCCAUAUACUUAGAUUUCAGAAUGUUUUUAAAAGCUGCGGAUGCACCAAUGUCGUUGACCUGAUAAACUCAUUCGAAAAUGUAAUGAGAUUGAAAGAAGAAACUCCAGUGGAUACCAGCGAUGCAGGAGCUGCAAAUACCAGGCCUACACCUCAACAGUAUGCGUACCCUUCACAAAGUACUCAAGAGCAGAAUCCAGGAAGCAGUGGACCAACAACAGGUCAACACCCAUCAACUUUAACCCCAGGAAGCAGUGGACCAACAACUGGUCAACACCCAUCAACUUUUAACCCAGCAAGCAGUCACUGGCGGAAUCCAGGAAUUGGUGAACCAACUGGCCAAACUGCUGGUUUCCAUCAGUCAGCAAACCUCCAUCCACACCCUUUCAACCAGCCACAUUUCCAGAGGCGACCCCAGGAACUCCAGGGAACUCCAUGUAUUUACAAUACCAGCAAUGUUGGAUUAAACUUUAACUUUGGUCCGUACGCCAACAUUAAUGAGUUUCAUUCAUCGCAAGGAAGUCCUGGACUAGGUAUUUCUGGACGAGGACAUUAUGGGGCACAACAAUGGAAUCAUGGACAAGGUGGGCAAGGGAAUCAUGGACAAGGUGAUCCUGGGCAAUGGAAUCAUGGACUAGGUGGACAAGGUGAUCCUGGGCAAUGGAAUCUUGGACAUGGGCAAGGGAUUUAUGGACAAGGUAGUCCUGGGCAAGGGAAUCAUGGACAAGGUAUGCAAGGGAAUCCUGGACAAGGUGAUCCUGGGCAAUGGAAUCAUGGACAAGGUGGGCAAGGGAUUUAUGGACAAGGUAGUCCUGGGCAAGGGAUUCAUAGACAAGGUAGUCCUGGACAAGAUGAUUAUGGACGUAGAAAUCAUGGACAAGGUGCUAACAAGUACUUUCCAAGACAGUGAAAAUGCUUCACACACCAAAAUUACUCAGACAUUUCAAAAAGCCCUUCUGUUAUUGUAUUAUGCUGGGCCUAAAUCUUUAUGGCUGGUUGGUUCUUUCAAUAAACAUGUUUAUUCUAGUAAUAUUUUGGGUGCAAAGCAUCACUCGAGGUGUGUAUCACCAUAAGGGAAUGGUAAUAGGGAUGUCCCUAAUUCUUUGUAAGCUUUAUUGUUGUUUAAGUGGAAUAUGUGUACUCUAUUUAAAAAAAAUUAUAGUUUCUAGUUUUAGAUGUACAGUAUUUUGGCUUAUAUUGUAUGAUAAAGAGAUAAAUUUCUGCUAUAUAUAUAUUGUGCAGUAUAUUAAUAAGCAUAUAACAAAUUCCGAAAUAAGAUAGUAUAAUACAUACUCCAAGUAUUAAAAUGCACGCUGUUGUGUCAAGAUUCAAUAUUUUAACAUUAAUUAUGUCAUCAUCAUUCUUGAUGAUGACAUAAUUAAUGUUGAAAUAUUGAAUCCUGACAAGAUGGCAUGCAUUUCAAUAUUUAGAGUAUUGUGCUAUCUUAUCUGAGAUUAAUCAGUGAAAUGUAUCAUGUGAUUCAUAUAAAUACAUGUAAAAAAAUGUGUCGUAAGAGUAAGAAAACUAGUACUAAACUCAAGUCUUCCAGCUUGAUGAUAUGAGGAUUGCCAUCCCAAAACCAGCAUCAAUGGCCAAAAAAAUGACUUUUUAAUAUAUUCUUAUUCUCUACAUUGUAAGCUUUAAAAUGAUGGGUCAUUUACUGGAAUCGAUCUACUAUUUGCCAAAGUUAUGAGUAAAAGUAUUACAGCUUCUCUGUACUAAAGUAUACAAUACUACCACAUUCUUAGGCUAAUUACUCGGUUUAACAAUUAGUGGUUUUGGAAUGGCAAGUCUCAUAAUUAUGUUGAUCUUUCAACAACUAGGAAUCCUGUCAUAAGUGUUUUUUCACUCUAAAUUUGGAACAGCAGUAGUACUCAAAGCAUUUCCAUAGAGCAUAGAUCAAUAUUAUGGUAUUUGGUGAUGUGAUAAAUGCCAGUUCCAGCAGAUAAUAUGUUUGGAUAGUAUUUAUUCCAAGAAAAACGAUUUUCCAUAUUUUAUGUACUUUAACUGAUGUACAAUAAUAGGCUUUUUAAUAAAUACAAGUUCCAGCAGAUAUGUUUGGAUAGUAUUUAUACCAUGAAAAACAAUUUUCCAUAUUUUAUGUACUUAUUUUAUACAGUAAACAUAAGUACUUGUGUCAUGUGUAUGCCUGUUUAAUAGAUAGAGGGGUAUGUUAUUGUUGACCCUCUUUAAAUACAAUUUCUAUAUUUAAUUAAAUCAAUAAAUGCAAUAUAUAACUUUUAAAA